CGACAGUACACCCGGAUGACAGUCACAUGAUGUCAUCAAAGAUGGAGGACGUCUAGCAAAAAAAUAUCGAUACUCGGAGGUUUUGUGCUGAUUUUGACUCCCACAGGCGACCCUACGGCUAGAUGUCUGUUCACUUCAAGUUGAGGAGUCGCCUGUGUUCCAUCAUCAUGCCGAGGUCUACGUACUACCAGUUCCUCUUCACUGCCACGCUGGGCUGCUUUCUGUUUGUGGGACUUGUCGAAGGUUUAGGUAUAGGAAUCAGCACCAUUCGCGACCUUACUCUGGAGCCAGGACAGAAUGAAACAAUAGUCAUACAACUCAGUGGUCGUUUAAAGAAGUCAACCAUCCUUUUUGCUGAAUCUUCUAACAAGGACAUAUGCACUAUUGAAAAUGUUACCAUUCCAGCGGGAUGGAACUCUUCUGUACGAACCCGAGUCAUCGCUCUCAAGGUCGGGCAGACAGAUGUAACCUUCAACAGCUCGUCUUCAGAACUCACUGGACUGGAUAGUGUGUUCACUAAGGUGUCGGUAGUCCACAGUAUACCUCUACACGUUGUCAAUGCUGUGAUUGGCUGGAUCUACUUCGUAGCCUGGUCCGUGUCCUUCUAUCCACAGAUAUUUGAGAACUGGAGAAGGAAAAGUGUUGUUGGCCUGAACUUUGACUUCUUGGGCCUGAACUUGACGGGGUUCCUUGCCUACGGGUUCUACAAUGUGGGGAUGUUCUGGGUUAAAGAAAUACAGGUGGAGUACAAAGCUCAGUUUGGCCUCCACUCCGUCAACCCUGUUCAACCCAACGAUGUUUUCUUCACGAUUCACGCUGUGUUUAUUACAACUGUCACUAUUCUGCAGUGCUGUAUAUACGAGAGAGGAGGGCAGAGGAUGUCGUACAUUGGGAUAGGUCUGGUGGUCCUGGCAUGGCUGGUGGCCGCGGUGGGACUGGUCCUGGCGCUAACUAACACUCUAACCUGGCUCACCUACCUCAACUUCUUCUCCUACAUCAAACUGGUCAUCACGCUUGUCAAGUACAUUCCACAGGGUUACAUGAACUGCCGCAGGAAAAGCACGGAAGGCUGGAGCAUCGGGAACGUUCUACUGGACUUCACAGGAGGCACCUUCAGUCUCCUACAGAUGUUCCUCAUAGCCUACAACACAGAUGACUGGACCACCCUGUUUGGAGACUUCACCAAGUUCGGCCUGGGUGCCCUGUCCAUCCUGUUUGACUUGUUCUUCAUGCUGCAGCACUACGUUCUCUUCCCGGUGUCAAAAAGAGAGAAGCACGUCCAGAAUGCUGAUAACGUUGUUGCCAACAGCACUGAUGAUAAUGAACCUCUCCUAAAGGCUUCACAUGCCUAGUCUGGAUAGUUAAUAUUGUGAUUCCCAAUGCCCGAGCGCUUAGGCUAGCAGACACAGGAUCAAGAGUCAUGGGUUCAAUUCCUGAUAAUCCUCAGCAAAGACACUUUACACGACUUUCUUCACUCCAUGGCCUGGCAGAAUGACAGGUCAAAAGGUCAGACACAGGAAAUAGGAUGAACUUAAGAAUAGUGGGUGGGUGCAGAAUGACAGGCAGAAUACUAGAAUGGUAAGACAUGUAGGUGUAAAUGGGUACCUGACUUCAGUUGGGGAGGUAAAAUGUCAUGGAAGUAGGCCAUGCCCAGGACACAUUGGAUUUACUAGUACAUGUAUAUCCCACUUCCCUCACAGCCCCAAAAAGGGCAUGGGACUUUUACCAUUUUUUACAUAACUAGAGCAAAGGUUAAAGCACAACAAAAGCAAAAUACAAUACCAUUGUUUGUAUUGAAUGCAAGCAUUGUGAAGUUUUAAGGGUACUGUACUGUGAAUUCUAAAUCAGAAAAACUUGCAGCUACAUGUACUGAUAAUAAUGACAUUAAAGAUUAAACUUUGUAAACUAUAUGAGAGUGAACCUAAGCAUAUCAUUACAAAUUCAUGUAAAUGAAAAGUUCAAUGUUGUGAAUCUUGUGAUAUUUAAGUGUUGUGAUAUUUUAGAGUAUUGUACUAUGCAUCUAAAUCAAAGAAAAGUUAUGGGCAAAUGAUUCUGGAAGAAUAAUAGGGGUAGUGACCGUAAGUCUGAAUAAAGGAAUAUUAUAACAAGUUAAAGUCAUUAAAGUACAUGUAUAUGGCUGUGUAAAUGAUGUACUUGUGUAAAAAAUAAAGUAUGGGAUAGGAAAACA